ACGGAUCGGCUUGCAACACAGACAUCAUAAUAUCUGACGAGAAAAUGGCUUUGAGGCGAGCGUUGCAUUUUGUUUUUAAAGUCGGCGACCGGGCCAAAACAGCCACGUUUUACCGAGAUGUUCUGGGCAUGAAGGUUUUACGCCAUGAAGAGUUUGAAGAAGGCUGCAAAGCAACUUGCAAUGGGCCCUACGAGGGAAAAUGGAGCAAGACAAUGGUUGGCUUUGGUCCAGAAGAUGACCAUUUUGUUGCUGAACUGACAUACAAUUAUGGGGUUGGAGAAUAUCAGCUUGGCAAUGACUUCUUGGGCCUCACUCUGCAGUCAAGCCAAGCUGUCAGCAAUGCUAAACAUCUGGGAUGGCCUCUCACUGAGGUAGGAGAGGCUUUGUAUCUGACCCAGGCUCCAGGAGGAUAUCGCUUCUACCUGGUGGACAAAGAGCAGCCUCCGCAUGACCCUGUGCAGAAGGUUUGUCUCGGAGUAUCAGACCUCCAGAGGUCGACCCACUACUGGAGUACACUCUUGGGAAUGAAGGUGAUGGACAAGAAUGAGGAAAAGAAAACAGUGCUGAUGGGAUUUGCAGAUACACAAUGCCAACUGGAGCUUCAUGACAUUAGUGGGACAGUAGAUCAUGGAACAGCGUUUGGGAGGAUAGCAUUUUCAUGCCCACGGGAGCAACUUCCUGACAUCGAAGCCUUGAUGAAAAAGGAAAAUCAGAAAAUUCUCACUCCUUUAGUCAGUCUGGACACUCCUGGAAAAGCCACAGUAGAAGUGGUUAUUUUGGCUGAUCCAGAUGGCCAUGAGAUUUGCUUCGUGGGAGAUGAGGCAUUUAGGCAGCUGUCCAUGGUGGACCCCAAAGGAAAUGACUUACUUGAUAAGGCAAUGGCUGAAGAUAAAAGUGAUGAGUGGUUUGCCAAGCACAACAGACAGAAAGCUACUGCAUGAGAAGGAGAUUGUGCACCGUCAAAUUUUUACCACUUCAUAUGAUGAGAUGCUGCACAACGCACCUGUAGUGUAAAUCUUAUCACCUCAAGUAUCCUUAGGCUGGCAGUGUGAAAUUUAUUUUCCCCUGGUAGGAUGCCAUGCUACUGUUGCACUUGUUCAAUUCCAUGGAUAUCUUUCCAAUAAAAAUGAUUCCUAUCAAUAAGGCAGAGAGGUGGGCUAAAACCGUUAUUUAAUGCAACUUAUUUUUAAAAGUUAUUAAAGAUAUAAACAUGGCCAGGGAGAACAAUUCUGUAGUUUGCGGUUGCGCAAGCAAUCUGCACGUAAAUAGAUCCGGUAUCAUACAGUUCUAAUAGUUUAGUCAUGUGCUUGAGUUACACUGAAUUUAUCCUUUGUAAAUUAACAUAUUGUCACUCAUCUGCUCGAAAUAAAACUUGUAUCUAAC